AGUUAGCGGCUCGAUGAAAUAAGAACUGGGAGCGAUGACAGCAUUGGAGCCCCAGCGUAGUAGCCGGCCAUCUAUCUGAUGCUGCCGGUUGAUGUUUUGCGAUUUUGUCGGAGAUUUCGCCCCUCCCUCGUUGGCCCCGCCUCCGAUCGACAAGAGAAGUCAUAAAGGCGACCUUCCCGGCUGCAUCCAGGCAGUCGCCCCAAAAACCGCCCAGAGAGGCCAAGCGAGGACGCUGCAGAAGAGGAGGAGGAGGAUCCACGGAGCCAAGCCUCAUGGAGGGCAAAGCGAAGAUAACAUGCUCCCUUCUCUUUGCUGUGAUUGUUUCUGUCAUUGGACCUGUCCAAUAUGGGUACAACAUAGGUGUCACCAACGCUCCUGAGGAGAUUAUCAAGAACUUUUUCAACGAGACAUGGCAAUAUCGAACAGGAACACCUAUCUCUGAGAAUCUCAAAACUUCACUUUGGUCCCUCUGUGUGGCCAUUUUUCCAAUAGGCGGGAUGGCUGGUUCUUUUUCUGUGGGACUUUUUGUCAAUAGAUUUGGCAGACGGAACUCUAUGCUGAUGGUGAACGUUCUGGCCAUUAUAGGUGCUGUUUUGAUGGGCUUAUGCAAGUUGGCAAAGGCUAUGGAGAUGUUCAUUAUUGGCCGCUUUGUCAUUGGCAUCUUCUGCGGUCUCACCUCUGGUUUUGUCCCCAUGUAUAUCAGUGAAAUCUCUCCCACUGCUCUGCGAGGGGCUUUUGGCACCCUCCAGCAGCUUGGCAUUGUUGUGGGCAUCUUGGUGGCACAGAUCUUUGGCCUAAACGUCAUCAUGGGAACAGAAACUCUGUGGCCACUCUUGUUGGGCUGCACCAUUUUUCCAUCCAUCCUACAAUGUAUACUGCUGCCAUUCUGUCCUGAAAGCCCACGUUUCUUGCUGAUCAACAAGAAGGAGGAAGACAAGGCACAAUUAGUUCUUCAGAAACUUCGUGGUGUCCAAGAUGUUUCGAGUGAUAUUGAUGAAAUGAAAGAGGAGAGCGUCAAGAUGUCCCAAGAGAAGAAAGUGCCCAUUCCUGAACUCUUCCGCUCUCCCAGCUACCGCCAGGCCAUUAUCAUUGCCAUUUCACUCCAGCUCUCUCAGCAGCUCUCAGGCAUCAAUGCGGUGAUAUACUAUUCGACUGGAAUAUUCGAAACUGCUGGUGUGAAAGAGCCUGUCUAUGCUACCAUUGGCACUGGAGUCAUCAACACAGUCUUCACAGUAGUAUCACUCUUUCUAGUGGAGCGUGCAGGGCGCAGGACGCUCCACUUAAUUGGUUUGGGAGGCAUGGCUGUCUGCGCAGCGAUCAUGACCCUCAGCUUGGCAUUAAAGGAUAUUGUGAGCUGGAUGAACUACAUCAGCAUUAUUGCUACUCUUGCUUUCGUUGCUUUGUUUGAAAUUGGCCCUGGUCCCAUCCCUUGGUUUAUUGUGUCCGAACUCUUCAGCCAAGGCCCUCGUCCAGCAGCGGUGGCUGUGGCAGGAUUCUCAAACUGGACAUCCAAUUUCCUUGUGGCCAUGCUUUUCCCAUACGCUAGGCUGUACUGGGGCCCAUAUGUUUUCAUCGUCUUUGUUGUCUUUCUCGUCUUCUUCUUCUUCUUCACCUUCUUUAAAGUCCCUGAGACAAAAGGCCGGACUUUUGAAGACAUCUCUAGUGGCUUUGAGCGGCGAACAGAGGAUGGUGUUGCCUCACCUCCUGUAGAAAAGAACUCAAUGGUGGAAUUGACAAGCAUACAGCCUGCAAAAGAUGACGCCGCCAGCGUUUAAGAGGCUCUGUUCUUGACACCUGUUGUCAUUGAGGUUAAUCCUCAUGGGGGGAAAGCCGCUAUAACCUUUAAAUUGCUGCUAUUUUUUUCAUUUCCCUUCUCAGUUCCUUCUGUCUGCCAAGACUUUUGCAAAGUACUAAACUAUGAAAAAGGUAGGGAGCUUUUAACUGCUCCCAUCACUUGAAGGUGUUAUGGCAAAUCUAACCUCAUUCUUCCCAACUUGCUCCAUUUUGUCACUCAUCUAGAGAGACUUGAGAAAGAUUGCUGAUUUCUCUCUCUCUCCCUCUUUUUUUUUUAUUCCACUCAUGUUGAAUUGUUACACAGGGGCUAACACAUUUAUGUAUUGUUUAUUAACAGCUUCGGAAGAAUGCUUUUUUGUACAUGAGCUAGCAGCUCCUCUUUUGUUAAGACAACUUUCUAUACUGUGAUUGUAGAAAGUGUCCAAAACAUGGGAUUUCAUCUGCUGGGAAAGCUCUGUCAAAUCUAUUUAUUUCAUCAAUUGGGAGGGAUUGGGAAAUGGAGCAAUGAUACAGUGGAUACUACUUCUCUUUUUUGUACAAUCAAAAUAUUUUUAUUUUCUAGAGUGUAUUUAUUUACGUGUUACAUGAGUUGUAAAUAUUUAUUUUUAUGUAAAAAGAGGCUUCUAUGUAUAAAUGAACCAGAGCAAAUGUUUUAGAUAGAUGUUUUAAGGUAAGAAGCACUAUGACUGUAAAAAGAUAGGUGAUGGGAUACCAAAGAGAUAAGAAGUCACCUUGCCGACAGGGGUGUGAUCCCGGGUGGAUUAUGCCUGUCCCAUUUUAGGGUUAAAGUGUGUUUUCAGAAAAGUGGGACCUUUGAAAGAAAAGCAUGUUUUCUUUAUGUGCUCCAUGCUUGUCAGAAUAUUUGCUGAGUGUGUUGAAGAGUUUUUAUUAAGUACUACUUGAAAAUUGUGAUGUGUAAAUGGGACCUUGCAACAUGAUACAUUCAGUCAUUGUUCACAAAUGAAGGACUGCAGGCCAGAACUUGGAAACAUGGGUUUUUUAAAACUACAAUUCCAAUAGAAUUAGCUCACUAUAUUUACAGGUUUGGCUUUUGUGGAUUUAAUUAAAACAUUAUCUCUAGGAAUCUGUUAGGCCCCCCAGUAAAACUGUGGUCAACGUCCAUGAGAAGUUGACCAUAACAUCACACUGGAGGCCCUAGUGGCUCUCAAUUUGUAGGUCCCCAGAUGUUUUGGCCAUCAACUCCCAGAAAUCCUAACAGCUGGUAAAACUGGCUGGGAUUUCUGGGAGUUGUAGGACAAAAUGCCUGGGGACCCACAGAUUGAGAACCACUGCACUAGAGAUCUCUAGAAAUAACAUCUACCUAGGAAUCUCUAGGUUCUUCAGCAUGAAACUAUGGUCAACUUCCACCAGAAGCUGGCCACAGAGCUCUCCUAGAGGACCUCAAUAUUCCUAAAUGUUUUUUCCGCUUUUACAGGGCCCCUGUGCCCCCAGCUCCAGUGAAUGUGGAGGGUUGACUAUAAUUUUUUGCCAGUAUGGGGGAGUAUAUUAUUUUCCCCCGUAACAGGCCAUAGGAAUUGUAGUGAAAAAAAGAGAUUUUUCCAGGGGUGCUUUUGGUCAUUUUAUGGUAAGAUUUUGAAGAUAUGAAUGGACAUCUUGUGGCUGCCAAGAUGUAGGAAAAUUAAUGCGGGAAGAACAAACCUGAUUCUUUCAAGGGCUAAUCUUCCAUGAUAAAGACAUGUCCCUCAGUCUGCAAACCUAAUGUUUUUUGGGACAAAGGACCAAUCAUCUGAGGUCCCUGCCACACAGCUGAAUAAAAUCCAACAUUAUCUUCUUUGAACUGGGAUAUAUGGCAGUGUGGUCUCAGAUAACCCAGUUCAAAGUAGAUAUUGUGGAAUUUUUUGCCUUGAUAUUCUGGGAUAUAGGACUGUGUGGAAGGGCCCUCAGCCAACCCCGAUGGCCUCUCAACAUAUUACCUUUCUGCAUUCCUCUUGCAUAUUAAGUUCCAUAUUUUUUUGUCUUUUAAAGGUACAAUAAUAUACAUAUUUGAGUCAUAACUGGAGUUUGAGUUACUAUUUUUUUUUUGUUAGUGGCAAUAAUGGAUUAGUUUGUCCUUUUUUUAAAAGGAUGAAGUCUAAAUAUAGAAAGAGGCAGACUACCUUUUAACUUGAAUUUUGGUAAUGAAUUACUUCAUUAUUACAGUAGAGUCUCACUUAUCCAAGCUAAACGGGCCGGCAGAAGCUUGGAUAAGCGAAUAUCUUGGAUAAUAAGGAGGGAUUAAGGAAAGGCUUAUUAAACAUCAAAUUAGGUUAUGAUUUUACAAAUUUAAGUGCCAAAACAUCAUGUUAUACAACAAAUUUGACAGAAAGAGUAGUUCAAUACGCAGUAAUGUUAUGUUGUAAUUACUGCAUUUACGAAUUUAGCACCAAAAUAUCAUGAUAUAUUGAAAACCUUGACUACAAAAAUGGCUUGGAUUAUCCAGAAGCUUGGAUAAGCGAGGCUUGGAUAAGUGAGACUCUACUGUACAUGGAAAUGUAUGGCAUGUUCUCAAUGUGAGAAGCUGUUAGCAUACGCAAGUAGAAACACAGACCAAAGUUACUGAAACAUACUUUAAAAACUAAGACAAAAUGUAAGCCUGAAACAUCUGAGUAGUUCUCAAAUAUUUAUUGAUUGUAUAUAACCAGGGUUUCUUUUGGCUAAUUUUCCAUAUGUAUUAUGAACACCAUGAUACAAAUGUAUCUUGCUGUACUGUAUAUGUUGGGGUUGGAAUCCGAAUUUAGAGGUGUUCAAUUGGGUUGGCUGAAGCAGCCUCCUUCUGGUGACUGCGGGUCAACUUCCACCCAGUUGGAUAGAGUCACCUGCUAUAAGUAGAGCUUGGAUCAUGACAAUUGGGCCAACCCAGUUCCAAGGGAUCCCGCUUUAACAUAGCAUAACCUAGCUGGUUCCUCUGUCUCUUUUGUGAUGCUUAUUCAAUGGCUGGAAGGACUGCCAUGCUGGAGAAGGGAGAAUGGGCAGCUCUAUUUUAGCCUGUCAAGUUGCACAUUCCUAAAUUUCAGACCCAGCUUAUCAUUAAUGAGAUAUAUUUUUAUAGAUGCAUAACUAUAAUAUAUUGUAAUUUAGUCUGUGAAAGUUACAUUCCAGAGAAGUUCCAUGUGCACUAGUGGCUUCUUCUGUUUCUGCUCAGGGAGUGAAGGGAAAGAUAGGUCAAGUUGUGGUGAUAAGUACACCAUAAACCUAAACUAAUGGAUUGGCAUGUCCUUUUUUCAGGGGAUCUGUGUGGCAUUUUAGAGAUAUCCCCCCUACUAAGCCAUAGUUCUUGGUAUUCUUUGGGAUGUCCUGAAGUUAACACAUUAAAAAACUAGUAUGGUAGACUUUCAGUUAACUGUCCCCUGUGGGGAUUAGUAGAAACUCUAUUAAUGUAGUUUGAGAGUUACUAUUUAAAAAAUAGGACUAAUACUAUACAUCAUACUACACCAUAAACUCGGUAUUGACUUGAUACUAAUAUUGAAAUACUGUAAUUAUAAGCAAAUUAAGAUAAAGAUACAAUUUUACUGUAUUACACAUAUAUUUUUAAUUUUUAUUUAAAUUAUUUCUUGAAUUUUUUUGCUGGUUGCUUGAAAUUUUCACUUUGCUAGAAUUCUGGUUAACUGAGAGUCUACUGUAUUAAAUUUGUACUUUCGAGGCCCCUUCCACACAGCUGUAUAAAAUCCCACAUUAUCUGCUUUGAACUGGAUUAUAUGGGAGUGUGGAUUCAGAUAACCCUGUUCAAAGCAGAUAUUGUGGGUUAUCUGCCUUGAUAUUCUGGGUUAUAUGGCUGUGUAGAAAGGCCCUGAGAGGACCUGCGCUGCUGCUGGGAAACAUGCUAAUGUGUAUUUCUUUGGACACAGACGUGAGCAUUUGUGACUUGAGAGUCAGGAGAAUCUAAAGGAAGAGGAUUCUUCGACGUCACGUUUAUUCACUUGAAGGAUAACUUCACACAAGCAACUCAGGCUUCUUCUACACUGCCAUAUAAAAUGCAGAAUAUCUGCUUUGAACUGGAUUAUAUGGCAGUGACUCAUAAUCCAGUUCAAAGCAGAUAAUGUGGAUUAUCUGCUUUGAUAAUCUGAGUUAUAUGACAGUGUAGAAGUGGCCUCACACUACUGAGUAACUGAAGGCAAACUGGAUGGUCAAAUAUGCAGAUGAGAUAUAUUUCUAGUUCCCCUUUGAGAAGUAAUCCAAUCUAUGUAUCAAACCCGGCUUCUAUAAUUGGAUCUGCCUUUUCUCUCGGAGUUCAUUCUGUUUAUCUUUUACACUUCAAAUCUCCUUUAUUUACUCCACUGAGACAUAAUGUGCUUUCAUGCAGCUCAGUUCGUUUGGCUUCAGUAUGUGAAUAUUGACAUCUUCAAAGCAAAAUUGUUUCUGUAUGGGUGGAAUAGCAUUCCACAUUUUGUGCCCCUCUGAUUGCAGUAUGCAAACAUAUGUAUCUGCACAAAGGUGUGUGUUACUUUCUUUUUUCUUUAUGUUGUAAAGAUUUCCAGUGGGUUUUAUAUGUCUUACUCUUGUGAAUGUGUUGAUUUUUUUAAAAUAAAAGAUUGGGAUGAAAAUUUUAAA